AUGGCAAUUCCUUUCCGGCCCGCGUCACCUGCCGAGGACCUGCCCCCAUACUACCAAGACACAGGCAACGACGAUAUUCGACAAUGUUUCCGUAACUUCGAUGUGGACCGAAACUUUGAUCUCUUCGACCGGCAAACAAGAGAGCACAGGAGCCGCAAUUUCUGUAUCGACUUCGGAGAAGAUGAAGGUGAUGCCUUUUGCGCUUUCGAUCUCAACGACCAGGCAUACAAAAAGCUGCUGGAAUCGCCGCGACCGACUGAACUACAUACGCGAUGGAUCAAUAUCUGGCAGCCCUACAAUCAGAAGGAGCUGAUCCAAACGCUAGCCUCUCACUUCGACUUCACGCCACGACUGCUGGGCAUGAUGACGAGCGAUCAUAUGCCGCCACGUAACAACCCGUCACUGCGCAUGAAGAAGAGUUCUUCCACACUGAGAUCGGUAUUCUCCCACAAAUCACAAACAACUAAUAUGUCCAACUCGAUCAGGGAAAAGGCAAAGCAGGCGAACGAACAAGCUUUAGAUUCAGAAUCCAGUAUCGGUCUGACAGAGAUGAUGCAAUCUACACAGCUGGAGCUGGUCCGAGAUUUGAGUCACUACCAGCUAGUAGACGAUGUCUGGCAUUGGAGUACUGUCGACCAGGGUCGGAGAUGUAAGUUGCUCUUCAUACCUAGAGAGAUGGAUCGUGGAUUAAAGAGCUCUGCUGACAGUAACACAGACAUGUGCAUAGGCUACAACUCACUACACAACGUCCGCAGCAAAGAAACCAACACCCGCCCUAUAAUCUCGGAUAGAACCCGAGACGUGCCCCACGGCAAACGCGUAUGGAACUGGCUUCUCUUAUGCGAGGACAAAACUGUCAUCUCAAUCUCCGAAGACCCGUUCCCGUUCGCCAACGGUGCUUUAAACAAAGAAGACGUGAAAGUACUCUUCACCACACGUCGUAAUACUGUGAACGUCUUCAGGCAACUUACGAAAGCACCGACGCCGCUAAGAGAGGCAGCGCUCACUCAACUACCCAUCCGUCAACGCCUCGGCAGCAGCGAUGAGGAAACAGCCCACCGUCCCACGGAUGCCCCUGGCUUGCUCUUCUACUACCUCUUCGAAGACUGGGGCGCAACCUUCGAUCUCAUCUCCCGCCGCGAGCACGGCUACGCCGCCGAGCUCGACCGACUCCGACAAGAAAUGCUUCAGACAGCCAAUCUAACCCACGUCGACCAACUUCACCACAUCGGCUGCCAACUGGCCGUUCUAAAGCGCGUCUACCAAAGCUACGAAUUAAUCAUCGAGCGCGUCCUCAAAAAGCAAGAAGCCACCCUCGCGUCACUUAAGAACUCGCACAUCCUCUCCGGCAACGCCUCCCUCAUCUCCUCCCACCCCGUAAUAAACGACUCUCCCGGCCCCCUCGUCCCCGAAGCCGACAGCCUCCUCGGCGUAGCCCUCAGCUCCGCCGCGCGCGUCCGCUUCGAACGCCUCAAAGACCGCAUCCAGCUCUACGCCCUCUCCGAAAUAUCCGAAUGCCUCGACCAAAAAGAGUCCCUCGUAAUGAUGAACUUCAAUCUCAUCGCCAUCAAAGAAUCCUUCUCGGUCGAGCGCCUCACCUGGGUUACUUUGCUGCUUGCUAAGAUUACCAUCUUGUUUACGCCUGUGACGCUGAUGACGGGGUAUUUUAGCAUUCAGUUCAAGGGGCUGGAGUUUGAGGUGGGCAGUUAUUGGCGGGCGUUUGGGUGGACGUUUGGGUUGAGUGCUGCGUUGCUGGUGUUGUUUAGUUGGGUUAGUGGGACGUUUGAGGGGAAGAUUAUUACGAGGAGUUGGACGAGGGCGGUUUAUGAUGUUGCGCAUAGGUGGGUUGUUGGGAGGAGGAAGAGGGGGAAGAUGCUUUGA